AUGGCAACACAAGAGGCACCUUGUGUGUGGACAAGACACUGUCAGCAGGAGACGGCUGACCCUGUAGAAGGACAAGUGACGGGUACACUGCCUAAAUGGUUAGAAGGUCGCGUCACCAGGAACGGUCCAGGGAAGCUCCAGGUGGGGGACACUCCCUACAGACACCUCUUCGAUGCCCUGGCCAUGCUACAUCAGUUCCAUAUCGCCAACAGCCGCGUCACCUACCGAUCCCGCUUCCUCAAGAGUGAUUCCUUCAAGAAGAACAUGACCGCAAACCGCAUAGUGGUGACGGAGUUCGGAACAGCAGCUUACCCAGACCCCUGCAUGACGCUUUUCAAGAGGUUCAAAAACACAUUCACUGUCCCAACUACCAAGAAAAUGACCGAUAAUUGCCUCGUCAACGUGUGCCAGGUCAGGGACGAGAUGUUUGCCCUGACGGAGACUUGUUAUAUUCACAAGGUCGACCCCGAGAAUUUGGAAACACUUGGAGACAAGAUUAUGUUGACCAAAUACGUGGCUGUGAACAUGGCAACAGCGCAUCCACACAUAGAGGACGGCACAGUGUACAACAUGGGUUCCUCUUUUAGUUCAGCGAAAGGACCGUGCUACAAUGUGAUCAAAAUGUCCGAAGGUAGCCUGGAGAGAGCCAAGGUGGUUGCUUCGAUAUCCUGCCAGUGGAGGCUAUACCCCAGUUACUACCACAGUUUCGCAAUGACAGAGCGUUAUUGGGUGCUUGUGGAACAACCGUUGGUCAUGAGCGCGUGUAAGCUCGUCAAGGGAGCCUUUGCCAACCGCCCUCCGUUCGACGCCCUCAAGUGGCUUCCCGAAAAGAAAGUGAAAUUCCGCGUAAUUGAACGAGCCACAGGGAAUCUCGUGCAGACACUGUACACGGCCGAUGCCUUCGUCACGUUCCACCACGUAAACGCCUGGGAGAGCCAAGGUCAUCUAGUGUUGGAUUUAUGUGCUACAGACGACGGCGAGGUUGUCAAGAUGCUCUGUAUCAGUAACUUGGAGAAGAAUCCGAGCGACACCUCGAGAAUCUUGUUCCGCUCAUACCUAAGACGGUAUGUAUUACCCAUGGCGGGCGUAUCCAAGGCAACUCCUGGAGAGAAUUUGGCCAAGCUCGAAGGCUUCGCUUGCAAGGCCACGAAGCAGGAGGACGGUUCGGUCCACUGCACAUACCAUAGCCUCUACAGUGAAUUUUUCGAUAUGCCUCGAAUAAACUACAAGAUGAACGGCAAGCCCUACCGGUAUGCUUACGGUGUCAGCACUAAAGGCAACGACCUGAUUUUCGAGAUGCUGAUUAAAGUCGACGUUAUGACAGGUCAGACGUGGAAAUUCGCGUCCGAGAACUUCGUGGUGGCUGAGCCGAUUUUCGUCGAGGUCCCGGACGCGACGGACGAAGAUCACGGCGUGAUCCUGUCAACGCUGCUGCGCAAAAAUGACCCUCGCUACGUGGCGCUGCUCGUGCUCAGCGCUCGCGACAUGUCCGAAAUAGCGAGAGCAGAAUUCGAAGCCAACGACGUCGUCACCUCGACGUUCCACGGGCAGUUCGUCGCCGCCCACGAAAGCAGUCAUACCUACUGA